AUGAGCAGGGCGGCGGCGGCGGAGGCGAACCCGACCCGCUGCGUACCGUCCAGGCCUACAUUAACCUUGAGCAACAACAACGACGCAGGCCUGACUUCUCUAUCGAAUCCAUACUCAAAUACGACUAAGCCCGCGAGACCGACGUCGACUCGUUGUAGCGUCGAUACGAGGUCCACCCCCGAACCCGUGUCGCCUCGUUAG